AUGGCUUCCCCGCAGACAACACAGGCCAUCGCCUCGGGCGACCUCGUCGACCUCGUCUCCUCCUCGGGCAAAGCGACCAUCUACCCCUCCGACGACACCCUCCUCGCCGUCCUCCACGCCCGCUUCCGCGCCGACCUCCCCUACACCCGCAUCGGGCCCACCGCCCUCGUCGCUGUCAACCCGUACAAAAGCCUCGCUAGUACGAGCGACGCCAGUGCGCAGGAGUAUGUCGAGCGGUGUUAUAGGGAUACCACCCCGGUGGGUGUGGGUGUGGGUGGGCCACGGCCGCUCCAGCCGCAUGUGUAUGAGAUGGCUGCGACGGUGUAUAUGCUUAUGCGCAGGCGGGGCGAGAGCCAGCGUGUCCUUGCUCGCGGCAUCACCGGCUCAGGCAAAACCACCUCCCUCCGCCUGCUCACCACCCACCUCCUCCGCCUAUCCACACACACGAAAAAGGAGCACAAGCUCGCUGACCAAAUCAAAUCCCUCCACAUUGUCCUAGACGCUUUCGGCAACGCCAAAACUCUAAUGUCGCCCAACGCCUCGCGGCACGGCCGGCUGCUCGAGCUGCACUUCACAUCCACCGGCCGCAUCGCAUCUGCAAAAGUCCUCACGUACGCACUGGACAAAGCGCGCUUAGUCUCCCUCGCACACGAAGAGCGCACGUACCACGUGUUUUACCAGCUCCUCGCCGGCGCGACGCCAGCGGAGCGGGAUACCUAUCAGCUGGAAGAUCCGUCGGAGUAUGCGCUGCUAGCUUCGUCCGGGUGCUACAGGCUCCCCGCGGGCCCGUUCAGCGACGACGCAGCGGGGAUGGGCGAGCUGCGCGAUGCGCUGCGGGUGCUGGGGUUCAAGCCGAAACAUACAUCAGCGAUAUUCAGCGUGCUCGUCGCGGUGCUCUUACUAGGCAACCUCGAAUUCGCCGACGGCGACGCGCACGACACCUCCGCGCACGUGGUGAACGCGCACGUCCUGGAACACGCCGCGCGCCUGCUGGGUGUCCCGCCCGACGAGCUGGGGCAGGUUCUGACGAACCGGACGAGUUACGUGCGCAAGGAGCUGUACACUGUCUUGCUUAAUGCCGAGCAGAGCGCGAGGCAGCGCGAUGGGCUUGUAAGGGACUUGUAUGCGAUUUUGUUUGCGUUUAUAGUGGAGACGUGUAAUCACCGCCUUGCACCACUAUCCACGGACCCUCCGCCCCACGCGCAAAUUGCGAUACUGGACCAAGCGGGAUUCCAAAGCCGGGGUCCAUCCGGGACGAGCUCGAUGUCGCUCUCAGGUGCACAACCGCUGAUAUCCGCGUACGGACCCAACACGUUCGAUGAAUUCACCGUCAACUUCUGCGACGAGCUCGUGCAUUCGUAUGUGCUGCGGCACGUGUUUGACGAUAGUGUCGGUGCGAACGCGGGGAUGGUGCGGGAUGGGGUUGGCGGGGUGUUGCCGCAGGUGGAUGUGAUGGACAACGGGGCGUGUGUGGAGAUGCUGCGCGGGGCGGGGUUAGGCGAGAGAGCGGCGCGGAAGCCGGGGGGCAUGUUGGGUGUGCUGGGUAAAGCCUGCGCGGCGUAUAAAUCGGGCAAAGAGAAAAAUGGGGAGAACAGGGACGAGGAGAUGGUCGCCGAGCUCGCCGCCAAGUUCAGCGUGCAUUCGUCGUUCUCCGCUGGUGGACAGCAGGAGAGAAGGCAGUUUGGUGUGAACCAUUAUGCGGGGAGUGCGAGCUAUGAUGCGCGUGGGUUUGUAGAGAAAGACGCGGACUUGCUCGAUUCGGCGUGUGUUGCGCUCCUGCGCGGUUCCGCGGAGACCUUUGUCGCGAAAUUGUUCUCCGGGCCGAGUCUAGCGGCCGAGCGGCACAGUAAAGACGAGACCAUCGUCGUCCAAGCGCAAGUCUCCUCCCGUCCACUCCGUGCGCCUACCUCGCUCCCCCAGGAACCCGACUCCGAGCAGCAGCAGCAGCAUCCGAGAUUGGAUCCAGGGAAAACGUACCCCGUGACCACACAGCUCAAUAUGACGCUAAGCGACAUCUUCAACGCGCUCGACACGCUUAAUGGGCCGUCGUCUCCGACACCGCUGUUCACUAUAACAUGUCUCAGACCGAACGACUCGCUCUCGCCCAACUCGUUCGACAAGCGGCGGAUAAAAGCCCAAGUCCGCGCGCUGCUCCUGCCGGACCUCGUCGCGCGGCGGUCCGCAGCGGACUUGCCUGUGACGUACACGCGCGAGGCGUUCUGCGAGCGGUAUGUCCCGACGAUGCGCGGGGAUACGGGGGAAAGGGUGAGGCAGUGCGCGCGGGCGAAUGGGUGGGUUGAAGAGCGGGAUUAUGUGCUUGGCGAGGAGAGAGUGUGGGUUGGGUAUGGCGCGUGGAAGGGUGUGGAGGAUGCUGUUAGGGCGCGGGAGAGGGAGGCGGAGGGCGGGAGGGGUAGUGCGGAGGAUGAGUUUGGUGGGGAGGCGGGGUAUGUGGAUGAUAAUAAUACGGAUUAUACGCAUGGCACGGCGGAGGGCGGGAACGGGAACGGGCUGGCACCGCCGUCGGGCUAUUUUGGGGAUAGCGCGGAUAAUUUGUUGGUUAGUAGGACAGGCGCGGAUGGUGCGCGGUAUCAUGAUGCCAAUGCCCAUUAUGGCGAGGGCGGGCUGAGGACGCCGAGGACGCCCAAGGGAUACGCCGACGCGGACGACGCGGGCGUAUGGGGGUCCGAGUACGAGAACGAACACAAAGGGUCGCCUGAGAUACUGCCUUACGGUAGCAACGCCAACAACGGCGGAAACAGCGGAACGAAGGAGAUGGUGAUCAAAGACGCGCCGAAUGCGGUGGAGGAGCUGCCGACGACCACAUCGCGCCGCUGGUGGCUGCGCCUCGUCUGGCUCACAACAUGGUGGAUCCCAUCCCCGCUCCUGCGCCUCCUCGGGCGGAUGAAGCGCCCCGACGUGCGUCUCGCGUGGAGAGAGAAGGUGACGAUCUUCUGGCUCAUCUUCCUCUUCAACGCCAUCGUCAUAUUCUACAUUGUCGAGUUUGGAAGGCUGCUUUGUCCGCGGUUCGAUAAAGUCUGGAGUAUAGGCGAGGUGAAUGAGCAUCAGGGCGAUGAGGACUUUUGGGUCGCGAUUCAGGGGACCGUGUACGACGUGUCGAAUUUCGUGCAUGGCGAUCACAGUAACGGCUACUUUGGCAUCAAAUCCAACUCCCCGGACGUCCUAUCGCAAAUGGCCGGGCAGGACCUGACAUACUACUUCCCGCCCCCGCUAUCGCUAGGCUGCGCGGGGUUGGUGAACAACGGGCAGGUUGCGCUGCAGAGGCAGAACUGGACCGACUUUGCACCGCUCGCGCAUCACGUCAGCGGCGCGCUGCAGACGCAGGCGCCGGAUAUGGAGAACGAGCGGUGGUAUGUGGACACGUUUUUGAAGGUGAUGAAGCCGAUGGCCAAGGGCCCGUUGGUGAUUGAGAGCAAGACGAUUAGGGCGAUGGCCGCGGACGAUAAUGUCGCCAAGGUCUGGGGGGUAUAUGAGAACCAGCUCUUUGAUCUUACGGACUAUGUGUUCACGCUGUCCCAGCAAAUCAGCGCGCCGGAGUAUGCGUUCCUUGAUUCGGAUCUGGUGAAUGUGUUCAAGCAGCGCUCAGGACAAGAUAUCACCGCCCCGCUGAACGCUGUGCUGGACUCGUUUAACUCGACGUACCGCGCGCAGCACACGUCGUGUUUGAAGAAUGUGUUUUUGGCGGGUGAACCGGAUUUUAGGAAGAGCGCGAGGUGUCAGGUGCAGAAUUAUUUGUUGAUUGUGUUUUCGGUUAUUAUGAUGGCGUCGAUUUUGGUUAAAUUCCUCGCUGCACUCCAACUCGGCUCGCGAAGACAACCCGAACUCCAAGACAAAUUCGUCUUAUGCCAAGUACCAUGCUACACAGAAGGCGAAGACUCGCUCCGGCGCACCAUCGACUCGCUCGCCGCGCUAAACUACGACGACAAGCGCAAGCUCAUCUUCAUCAUCUGCGACGGGAACAUUAUAGGCCAUGGGAACGACCGGACGACGCCGCGGAUUGUGUUGGAUAUUCUGGGUGUGGAUGCGGGGGUGGAUCCGGAGCCGUUGCUUUUUAAGAGUGUGGGUGAGGGAUCGAAGGCGUUGAAUUAUGGCAAGGUUUAUUCGGGCCUUUAUGAGUUUGAGGGGCAUAUUGUUCCAUACAUGGUCGUAGUCAAAGUCGGCAAACCGACCGAACGCUCCAAGCCGGGAAACAGGGGCAAACGCGACUCGCAGAUCCUCGUCAUGCAUUAUUUGAACAGGGUGCAUUUCGAUGCGCCGAUGUCGCCGUUGGAGCUGGAGAUUUAUCAUCAGAUGCGGAAUGUGAUUGGGAUUGAUCCGGCGUUUUAUGAGUAUAUUUUUACGGUGGAUGCUGAUACCACGGUGACACCCGACUCGCUGAACAGACUUGUUGCGUGUAGCGCAGACGACUCGAGUAUCAUUGGAAUCUGUGGAGAAACGAAGCUGACGAACGAGGACGGGUCGUGGUGGACAAUGAUCCAAGUGUACGAAUACUACAUCUCGCACCAUCUAUCCAAAGCAUUCGAAUCCCUCUUUGGAUCCGUAACUUGUCUCCCAGGGUGCUUCUCGCUCUACCGCAUCCGCACAGCAGAUAAAGGACGGCCCAUCAUAAUAUCCAAUCGCAUCAUCGAAGAAUACGCCGAACCGAACAUUUUUAACGACGCUUUUGAUGAAACAUUUUCCGACGUUCAAGACCAAGUUUACGCCGGAUGCGACGGCGCAUACGAUGGCGCCGGAGAGUUGGAGGAUUUUGUUUUCGCAGAGGAGGAGAUGUUGCCUGCUACGGUCGUCUAUCUCAUUUACCUAGUCAUCGUCGUCGCACUUAAAAAAGCCGCGUUGCCUACGAUCGCGCUUAUCAUGUUGGCUGUCACGUAUGGUUUACAGGCGUUGAUUUUCAUUAUCAAGAGAGAGUUUAUGCUUGUUGGGUGGAUGAUUGUGUAUCUCCUUUCGUACCCAGUGUACAGCUUCUUCCUCCCGGUAUACUCGUUCUGGUGCAUGGACGAGUUCAGCUGGGGUAAUACCCGUGUGGUGAUUGGAGAAGGGAAGGAGAAGAAGGUUAUUACGAAUGAGGAUGAGAAGUUUGAUGAGUCGAUGAUUCCUCUUAAGAAAUUCAGCGAGUAUGAGGCGGAGGCUUGGGAGACUGCUACGCGGCACUCGGACGAUACGGGGUAUGAUAGCAAAGCGCGCUCGAAAUCGCACGGACAAGGUCAACAUGCCCAGCGCUCGCGCGACGCCUCGCCCCAUGCAAACGCCAACGCGUACAACUCGGCAUCGCAGUCGGGCGAUUAUUACCGCGAUACGAAUGUGAUGAUGCAGAUGCAGAGGACGGGUGGGAGUCAGCUUUCGCAUAGUAAUGUGUCGAUGCAUCUUGCUGGGCAGCAGCAGCAGCAACAACAACAACAGCAGCAGAUGCAACAGCAGCAGCAGACGAUGUCGCAGUAUGGGAUGCCGCAGAUUCCGCCGUUUAUGCCGUUUGGCCAGGGUCCGGGGUCCGUUGCUGGGUCUGAUUACGCGCAUAACGCGGGUGUGGGUGUGGGUGGCAUGGGUAUGCUCCCGCCGUUGGGGUACCAGAAUUCAGGGACGAUGUCGAUGUAUGGGAUGAUGCCGCCGAGUCUUAACCCUAUGAUGACAGGUGGAGCGAUGUCGUUGUUCGGCGCUGGAGGUGCUAUUGGUGGUGGUGGUCUUGGUGGUGGUGCAGGGGGAGGGGGAGGAGGGGGUAGUGUGAGCGGAUCACAAUCCGGUCAUGGGCAUGGGCUAGGUGGAGGAGCGAUGCCCCCGACGCUGCCGCAGACUCUUAAUAGGCCGAUGUCGACGUUCUCGAUGGCGACGAGCGUUAACCCGUUCGCGGGCCCUAGUUUGAACCCGAAUCCAUCGGACGAUGAGCUGUUCAGUGCGCUGAGGAAUUAUUUGAGUACGCAGGAUUUGAUGUCUGUUACUAAAAAGACUGCACGAGAGGCGAUUGCGGCGAAAUUCCCAAAGGCGGAUAUGGCGUCCCGAAAAGAGUUUUUGAAUCAGUCGAUUGACAAGAUUCUCUCUGAAUCAUAG